AAAAUAUUUUAUGUUGGUGUUUCAUAAAUCCCCCCACCCCCCUAUUUAAAAACAUAUAUAUAUUUGGAUAAAAUGAAAUGAUUGAAAUGAUUUUUUUUUUGUGAAACAAUUUUGAUUGAAAGUUUUUCAAAUGAGAUAUUUAUAUUUCCUUAAAAACAUGUUUUUUUAAUGUGUUCUUGUUGUAUGAGAAAGUUUAUUUGAAUGAUUUUUCUGUUUUGUAUUUACUCCUUAAGGCCACCACAGUUUGUCGGUGUGUUUGGCUCUUCAGGGCCUCCGUAGCCUCAGAGUAAAUGUCAGAAAUUAGUGAAGAAUGUGAAUCAUAAUGAAAGUCUUUCUCUUCUUUCUUCUUCUGUUUUGAUAAUUAUCGUCCGGACGUUAAAGUCCUCUCAUCUCUGUUUGGGGGGUUUAGACCCUCGGUGUGAUCGCACUUCUGCACCCCCAUGUGAACUCACUGUCAACAAACCGCUGCAUGGACAGAUGGGCGGGGCUUGAGCGUGUGUCACGCCCACUGUGUUUAUUAUGACCCAGCCUCCUCCUUCUCGGUGUCUGAGCUCCUCCAGCUGCAGGAGGAGAAGGAGGAGGUGAAUCUUCAGGAGACAAAGAGGACCGAGUUGUUCCUCUCUGGACUCGGCUCUGGAUCCUGCAGGUCUGUUUUCAGAGCCCCGGACUGCAGACUCUGGACCGGGACUGGAGCUUCACACCGAGGAUCACUGACCCUUUAGAGCCGCAGACAGAAGCCCACCGCCGGCAUGACCCCCGCACGGAGCUCCGCCCUCAGCCUGCUGCUGCUGCUCUUCGCCCGGAUGCAGGUAAACCAAAGUCCUGCUGGAUUUUCACGAAUUUUCGUUUCCGCUGAAAAAAAAAACUUUCAGAUUUUUCAACAGGGACAAAAAUACUUUCAGGAAACCUGUCCCUCAUUUUCGGCAUGACUUCCGAACAUUUUUAUUCCAAGUAAAUAAAAACAUUCUGUCCUCAAAGUUUGACAGGAGAAGGAAAAGAACGAGCUGAAACCUUUAGUGAACACUUCCUGACAUUUAAUCUUGUUAUAUUUUAAUGAACUAAAACCCACUGAAAUCCUCCUUCAUGAAUUCAGCUGUUUAGGAAAAGUUAUGCAUGACUGUUGACAUAAAAAUCAAAGUGACUGUUAAAGAAGCUGCAGAAUAAACGGAGAACCUGUCAGUGUUCAGGUGUAUUAGUCCUGGACUAAAGUUUUUAUCUGAGGUUGAAUUAAAAAUGGUUCACACAGAUCUCAGUUUUACUGAAACAAAGAGCUCUGCACGUGAACGGUUUAAAAUCAUCAAAAACACAAAAUAACAACAAAUCACUUUAUUUUGUUCUGGAUAUUUGGACUCUGGGAGAAAGUUUGUGGACUUUGUAGAACUUGUCACACAGGUGGGUUUUGGUGGUUUUUUUUUCUGUUUUUCUGUUUUUUUCUUUUUUUCUGUUUUUUUUUUUUCUGUUUUUCUUUUUUUUUCUUUUUUUCUGUUUUUUUUCUUUUUUCCUGUUUUUCUUUUUUUUUCUUUUUUCUGUUUUUUUUUCUUCUUUUUUCCUGUUUUUCUUUUUUUUCUUUUUUUCUGCUUUUUUCUUUUUUUCUUUUUUUUCUGUUUUUCUUUUUUUUCUUUUUUUCUUUUUUUUUCUGUUUUUCUUUUUUUCUGUUUUUUUUCUUUUUUUCUGCUUUUUUCUUUUUUUCUGUUUUUUUUCUGUUUUUCUUUUUUUUCUUUUUUUCUGUUUUUUUUUCUUCUUUUUUCCUGUUUUUCUUUUUUUUUCUUUUUUUCUUUUUUUUCUUUUUUUCUAUUUUUUUUCUGUCAUUUUCUGUUUUGUGUUUUUUUUCCCGUGGUUCUGGAUCAGGGUUGUUUAUCUGCUGGGUCUACCUGAGCUCACCUGCCCCGUCUCUCUGCAGGUCUCUUCAGCCUCAGGACUCUUUGAGCUCCAGAUUUCCUCCAUGAAGAACCUUAGAGGGCGUCUGCAGAGCGGCGCCGAGUUUCACACCUACUUCCGGGUGUGUCUGAAGGAGUUCCAGCUGAAGGUGUCCUCAGCUGGACCCUGCAGCUUCGGCGCCGCCUCCACACCUGUGAUUGGUGGGAAUACUUUUACUGUUCACAACGCCAAGAGUGACGACGCCAGGAUAGCGCUGCCCUUCAGCUUUGCGUGGCCGGUAGGUUCAAAAGCUGUACGGUGGCCCAGAAGGACAAAUGCACAAACAUAGACAUGAUCAGAUACAAAAACAUAAAGUCACACAAAAAAAAGUGUUUUAAAUUUUUUCCUUUUAUAAAAUAUUUUUGUGUUUUCUGGAUUUUUCGAAGUUUUGUUUGAGGUUUUUUUUUUUUUGCCUUUUCAUGAUUUCAGAUUUAGUUUUAGUGAAGUAUUUGUGCAUUUGACCUUCAGGGCCACCGUAGUUCAUCAUGACGCUCAAAGGUUUUACUGACAUGAUGUCCAGAUCAGCUGGGAGAGAAAAACUCAUUUUGUUCCUACAAGAUAAUGAUGCUGUGUGUGCAAGAUAAUUACAGUCUCAAGAUAACCUGUACUGACGAGAUAAUAACACAUGAUCACAUGAUCGAUCAGUUCAUCACAAUAAUCAUGUUUUUAACGUCGUCUUUAUCUUGACCAUUUUCAGAGGUGGUGCUAGUUCAGGAUGGUCAUUCACAUUUUUAUCACGUUUCAUCUUGACCUUUUUAUUCGUCCCGUUGGCGUGAACUUCGAUGGUUUUUUAUUUUCUGUAUUUGCCGCGGUGCGUUUCGUUUGUGCGUUACAUCGUUGUUGUUGUUGUUGUUUACUUUGCUGCGUCUUCACUUCCUGUUUGUGUGUAGAUCUGAACACGUGUGCGACGCUGCAGCCAUGUUUGUGUGUGUGUGUGUGUGUGUGUGUGUGUGUGUGUGUGUGUGUGUGUGUGUGUGUGUGUGCACAGAGGUCGUACACGCUGAUCCUGGAGGCUCUGGACUACAACAACCAGUCUUCAUCUGGGAGUAAGUACCACCACCUUCGCCGUCCUCCUCCUCUUCGUCCUCGUCUUCACCGUCAUCCUCGCUCACCUCCAUCUUUGCGUCCUCCUCAGGUGUGAUCGAGAAGGCCGUCCACUCAGGGAUGAUCGCUCCGGGUCGUCAGUGGCGGCGUUUGAAGCAUGAAGGUCGUGUUGCUCAGUUCACCUUCCAGGUCCGCCUCACCUGUGACGAGCAUUACUUCGGCGCCGGCUGCAACAAGUUCUGUCGGCCCAGAGACGACUUCUUCGGACACUACGAGUGCGACCACAGCGGCAACAAGACGUGUGUGGACGGCUGGUCGGGUCCGGACUGCAACACGGGUGAGAGUCCUGAGGGUCAUUUCCACUUCCUGUCGUUUUUUUAAAAACGUUUUAAUCAAACCCGACGCGUUUCUGCGGCGAAUUAUUCAAAGGACAAAAUCGUGUGAUUGUUUCUAAAUAGUUAAUUCCACUCGUGUCCAGAGGGUGGCGGUAUUACCACGACAGUAUCGUCAGACUCGUGUUACGACCAGUUCAGGGAACUUCUACACGAUAUAGAAAGAAACUCUCAAGAACGACCACCGCCGCACCGCCGCCACAGUCCAACAGAAGACCAUCAACGCUUAAAAACAGCGAUGAACGUCAGAGUGGGCGUGGCCUAAACAAUCUGACCUAUCCAGACGGUCCACGGUUUUCCAGACUAACAUGGACACAGACUCUGAUGUAACACAGGACAAAAGAGCAGGAAGUGCCGCCAUUUUAGACCAGCUUCCCCAAUCAGCAUUCACCUAACAGCGCCACCCUCAGGCGGGGAGGAGCAGCGUGACCCCGGGUCAGCACGCCUGUUAAUUUCGGUACAGAUCCGAUGUUGUAGAACCGAAUGUUUCCACAGGGUGGCGCUGUGACCAUAGUUUAGAAACAGGAACCUCGAUGUUCAGACGCUAUCGAAGAGUCACUUCCUGUUUGAUGAAGCGUCAGCGCCGCCUUCUGAUGAACCGAUGACCUUCGAUAACCUUCGACCUCAGCGUGUCAAAAACACGGAGCGGGAGUUUCUGUUAGGACCGGGUUUUCAUCGAGGUUUGGUGAAAAUCGGAUCAUUCCGACGUAACGAAGGACGAGAAAACGUAUAAAUCCGAUCAACGCUCUGAGUUUGAUCGUGUUUUUUUUCUCUGCAGCCGUUUGUCGACGAGGAUGUAGCGCCGAACACGGAACGUGUAAAAGUCCUGGAGAGUGCAGGUGAGAGAACACACAUGAACACAUGAACACAUGAACACAUGAACACACACAUGAACACAUGAACACAUGAACACAUGAACACAUGAACACAUGAACACACACACACACAUGAACACAUGAACACACACACACACAUGAACACAUGAACACACACACACACAUGAACACAUGAAAACACACAUGAACACAUGAACACAUGAACACACACAUGAACACAUGAACACACAACACACACAUGAACACAUGAACACAUGAACACACACAUGAACACAUGAACACACACAUGAACACAUGAACACACACACAUGAACACAUGAACACACACAUGAACACAUGAACACACACAUGAACACAUGAACACACACACAUGAACACAAUCAUGAACACAUGAACACAAUCAUGAACACAUGAACACAUGAACACAUAAACACACAACACACACACACAUGAACACAUGAACACAUGAACACACAACACACACAUGAACACAUGAACACACACAUGAACACAUGAACACACACAACACACACACACAUGAACACACACAUGAACACACACAUGAACACAUGAACACACACAUGAACACACAACACACACGAACACAUGAACACAUGAACACACACAUGAACACAUGAACACAUGAACACAUGAACACACACAUGCUCAUUUAUGUAUAUUUAGGUACCUGGGAUGUGCUGGUGUGUGUGUGUGUGUGUGUGUGUGUUCGUGUGUGUUUGUGUGUGUGUUCAUGUGUGUGUUUGUGUGUAUUUAUGUGUGUGUGUUCAUGUGUGUGUUCAUUUGUGUGUUCAUUUGUGUGUUCAUGUGUGUGUGUGUUCAUGUGUGUGUGUGUGUGUUUUUGUGUGUGUUCAUGUGUGUGUUUGUGUGUGUGUGUGUACAUGUACAUGUGUUUAUGUGUGUGUUCAUGUGUGUGUUUAUGUGUGUGUUCAUGUGUGUGUUCAUGUGUGUAUUUAUGUGUGUGUGUCUCAGGUGUCUGUACGGUUGGCGUGGCGACCUCUGUGACGAGUGUGUCCCUCACCCCGGUUGUGUUCAUGGCGGUUGUGUGGAGCCGUGGCAGUGUCUGUGUGACACGAACUAUGGAGGACAACUGUGUGACAAAGGUACACACACACACACACACACACACACACACACACACACACCUUCACUCUUGUCGUUGUCUACUUCACUUCCUGUUUGUGUGUAGAUCUGAACACAUGUGCGACGCUGCAGCCAUGUUUGAACGGAGGAACCUGCAGGAACACGGGACCCGACAAAUACGCGUGUUCAUGUCCGGACGGGUUCUCAGGGGUCACCUGUCAGACAGGUGAGAGGGUCAGCUGAGUCAUGGAGAAACACAGAAACAUGGUUUUAGAAAAUUAACCUUUGACCUCUCACCCUCAGCCGACCACGCCUGUCUCUCUCACCCGUGUCUGAACGGGGGCCGCUGUGCUGAAUCUGGUCUGGGGUUUGAGUGUCUGUGUUCGCCCGGGUGGAGCGGACCCUUCUGCUCCGUCAGUAAGUCCGUCCCAACGCUGAACGGGAAUCAGGUGUUUUUACUGACCGGGGUUUCCUGUUCUACGACGCGGGUUCACUUCUUAGCGAGGCGAGUCUCCAUGGCAACGUACGCUGAACGGCUGACCUGCUCCGGGGCCGGUUAGGUUCCAGAUUGAACUCACGGAGUAUAAAAACCCCGCCCACUGACCAAUGAGCUCUCUGUCGCUUGUCCGUUCUUGGAGGAUCCUGUAGACCUCGGUGCUCGCCUUGUCCGAGGAGGAGCACUCCGGCGAGCGAGAGUUUUCAGGGACCGCACGGACCCACUUCCUGUCUGUGACCACCUUUAUGAAAGGCUAAUAUGGCCGACACACAAAACAUGUGACCACGAUAGGAAUGAACACAUGAAUGAAUUCAUCCUGGAAAUGAAUCAGACAUGUCUGCUCGCCGUAGUUAAAGCGCGUGUUGAACAGCGCUGUUUCAGGGUGAUGACCACAUCAAAGAUUUUUGGCGCUCUAUACUUCCGCAGUGAGACUGUCGGCCAUUUUCUGCCAGCGUUCCCACCGGUCUUUUGCGGCGGCGGUGGCGGCGGCGACGGCGUUGUUUUUGAGGUUUAUGACAGAUUUGAAUUCUUCAUACUUCCUCAUGAUCGUCUCCUGCUCCUCGUUUGUAAAGUCCGCGGUCCUUCGCUCUCCGGCCUGCUCUGACGCUCCAGACUGGUCCAUGUUCCCGAUUGGUCAGAUGCGGCGGGCUCCGCCUUACAUGCGUGCACGCGCUCAUAGCAAAGUUACUUAUGAGGUUGAUGACCAGUGUCGUAAGACCGUUAAGCGAGACCGCUGGCUACAGCGCCAAGUUUAGCGAGGUCGCUCCAAGGCGACCUCGCUCAGUUGAACCUGCUCCGUAGAACAGACCCCCGGUGAGAGCGGACAGAGUGACGCCAAAAACACCGAAGAAGAAACAGGAAACAUGUUUCAAUAAAUCUGAAAAAAUGUUUCUUAAAAAGAUUUAAAAAACUCAUGAAAUAAUUUACAAACAAAAACUCCAUUUUAGAAAAACAAAAACCUUAAAAAAAAAAUGUUUGUUUUUACAGACGUAGACGAGUGUGAGGACAAACCCUGCCAUCAUGGAGGGACCUGUCAGGACCUGCUCAACGGGUUCAGGUGUACCUGUCCUCCUCAGUGGACCGGGAAGACCUGUCUCAUCGGUGAGUCCUCCUGAAGAUCUGCUCCGAUGUUUGUCUUCUUCAGGUCGGGGUUCGUGGCCCGAUAAACUCUCAUUUUAAAGGAACUUCGUGAAAUUACGACAUUCGUAUAAUUCUGAUUCGGCUGUUUGUCCAACUGAGGCGGUUCUGAACCAGCGUCUCUGAAGGUCCACUCACUUUGGAACAGCCUCUAGUGGCCACUGAGGGAACUGCAGUUUUUUAGACUCCAUGUUUUUUUCAGAUGCAAACGAGUGUGAGAGCGCCCCCUGUGUGAACGCCAUCGCCUGCAGGAACCUGAUUGGACGAUACUUCUGUGAAUGUCUCCCUGGUUGGUCGGGUCAGAACUGUGACACCAGUGAGUACACAAUACACACAAUAAUACACACAAUACACACAAUAAUACACACAAUACACAUAAUAAUACACACAAUACACAUAAUAAUACACACAAUACACACAAUAAUACACACAAUACACACAAUACAUACAACACACAAUAAUGCACAAUAACACACAAUAAUACACACAAUGGUACACACAAUAAUACACAAUAAUACACACAAUAAUACACAAUAAUACACACAAUAAUACACACAAUACACACAAUAAUACACACUAUAAUACACACAAUACACACAAUAAUACACACAAUACACACAACAAUACACACAACAAUACAUACAACACACAAUAAUGCACAAUAACACACAAUAAUACACACAAUGGUACACACUUUAAUACACAAUAAUACACACAAUACACACAAUAAUAUACACAAUAAUACACACAAUACACACGAUAAUACACACAAUAAUACACACAAUACACACAAUAAUACACAUAAUAAUACAUACAACACACAAUAAUGCACAAUAACACACAAUAAUACACACAAUGGUACACACUUUGAUACACAAUAAUACACACAAUAGUACACACUUUAAUACACAAUAAUACAUCUGUUUUUUUCUUUUCGUUUUUAAAGAUUUUCAAUUUGUUAAAAACUUCAGGCUGAAAAACUCGUUUCUACGAUCUUUUUUACGAUGGUUUUUAAGGAUCUUUUUAAAUAUUUAACGACCUUUUUCUCUGUAGACGUUAAAAUCAGACACAGAUGUUCGUUAAAAUCUUUUACAUCUGAUGAUGUUUUUUCUUUUUUAAUCUUUUCCUCUAAUUAAAUAUUUAACGAUCUUUUUCUCCGUAGACGUUAACGACUGUAAAGAUCAGUGUCGGAACGGAGCGACCUGUCAGGUACGAUUUAUUUUCACGAUCAGUAUGUCUGCCGAUUAAACACAAACUUACAGACAGUAAAGGCGAGUGUGUGUCCGUGUGUGUGUCCGUGUGUGUGUGUGUGUGUGUGUGUGUGUGUGUGUCUGUGUGUGAGAGAGAGAGAGAGAGAGAGAGAGAGAGAGAGAGGCCUCCAAUGACAGUAGAUCAGAUUUAUCCAAUCAUACGCAGUCUAACAGAUCAUGUGCCCUCCUCCUCCUCCUCCUCCUCCUCCUCCUCGCUCUCAGGACCUGGUUCAUGGUUACACGUGCGUGUGUCCGCCUGGUUUUGGCGGCGAGCACUGCGAGACAGACGUGGACGAGUGUUCCGGCGAGCCCUGCUUAAACGGCGGCAGCUGCCAUGAUGAAGUUAACGGUUUCCACUGCGUGUGUCCUCCUGGUUUCUCUGGGAGUCGAUGUCAGGUGAGCUUCUGUCGGGACACGCCCACUUUUGCGGUGUUUGUUGUUACUCCGCCUCUUUAAAGCUGAAUCUUCUCGCCGUUUUUAUCCUCAGUUGGAUAUCGAUUACUGCCUCCACGCUCCGUGUCAAAAUGGCGGCCAGUGUUUCAACAUGGCGUCCAACUACAUCUGUAAAUGUCCUGAGGACUACGAGGGACGAAACUGCUCCAGUUUAAAGGACCACUGCCGCUCCACGCCGUGCGAAGGUUCCUCCUCCGUCUGUUCACCCGUUCACCCGUUCACUCGUUCACCUUCACAGUUUUCUUCAGUUUCUGGACGUUAAAAAAAAAAGACAAUCGUUCUUUUUUCUUCUUUUUUCAGACGUAAACGAGUGCGACUCGUCGCCCUGCGGCUUCGGCGCCACCUGUGUGGAUGAAAUCCACGGUUAUCGCUGCGUCUGUCCUCCAGGGACGAGCGGCGCUCGCUGCCAACGAGGUAAAAACAGAAGAAGACCAUUUUUAAAAGUACGGUGGCCCAGAAUGGACCCACACAACCGCACAAACAUUUUGCUUAAUGUUAAAAAAAGUCAUAAAACACGUGAAACAGAGAAAAUUUUUAGAGACUAAAUUCUGAUAAAAUAUUUCUGUCAUUAAAAAAAGACUGAAGUGUUUUUAAAAUACUUGCAAGUUAUUUUAGAAAAGUGCAAAAAUAUUUACAAACAAUUCUCAAACAUUUAUUUAACCCGAUUCAAUUUUUUAAAAUAAAAACAUUAAAAUACAAAAGAAGAUGUUCCUGUAAUCAAAAAUUUACAGCAGCAGAUACAAAAAAAAACCUUUGAGUUUAAAAAGAUACGAACAUGUUUUUUAUUUACAUCUGUACAAGGUUUACAUAAUAAAAGGAAUUAUUACAAAUUAAGGGUAACAUGAAAAAUAACAUUUGAACAAUAAAUAAAAAUAUAAAAAAUUAAAAAAAUUAAAAAAAAUUUGAACAAUAAAUAAAACAAAACUAUUAAAAAACACAAAAGUUUAAAGUUUUUCAUGUUUCAUGAAAUAAUUUUGAUGUUUAUGGACCUUUAGGGCCUCCGUACAGAAGCAUGUAAACAGAUAUAACCUUUGACCUUUGAAUCCCUGGUGUUCGCAGGGUCGGGGGGGUCCUGUGUGCGGGGGGGCCGGGUCGUCUUGGACGGAACCAGGUGGGCUGAAGACUGUAACACCUGUACCUGUGAGGGCGGAGCCAUCAGCUGUUCACAGGUACACCUGCUGUGUGUUCACCUGAAUGAGGAUGCUAAAUGCUAAGCUAACUGUGGAAAAGUUCAAACGUUUGUCUGCCCCCCCCCCCCAGCUCCGGUGUGGACCUAGACCCUGCAGCCUCCACAGUCGGACUCGGGGCCCGCAGUGUCCCUCAGGUCAGACCUGUGUCCCCGUCACUGACGAGUCUUGCUUCGUUAAGCCCUGCCCCCCCCAGUGCUGGAGCCCCGCCCACCAGGCCCCGCCCACAAACAGGUGUGACCCAGGAAGCAGCUGCGCUAACAUCACCUUUACCUUUAAGAAGGACGCCAUGGAGCAGGUCAGUCUGUGGGGGGCGGGUUUGACAGGGGCCCCAAAGACUCGGUCUGAGGUCUCUUGUAGUUCCUCGGUCCUCCAGCAGGACUCGGUCUCUCAGGUCUUAAUAGACCCUGAAUAUGGUCUCAGUGGACUUCUGUAGUUCCUGAUCUGGUUUUCUUCUUCUGGGUUUCAGGGUCUGACCGUGGACCAGGUCUGUCAUGAACUCAGUGGUCUCUACGACACCAGGAACCGGUCUUCAGAGUCCUCCAUGUUCUGUGAGCCGUCUGUCAGCGCCCAGAACCAGAUCCACCUGAUCCUCGUGAGUCCACGAUCAAACUUUUUUUUUUUUGUUUUUGUUUGUUUUUUUUAAAUGUCGUCACUUUAAUAAAAAAUCAUUUUAACUCUUUUUUUUUUUUUUCGUCUUAAAACAACUUUUGAAUUUUUUUAAAUUUGAUUUUUAAUCUUUUUAAAUUAUUUUAAAAACUUCAGACUCAGUUUAAAAACCGUUAAACUUCCUGAAGUUUUUCUGAUGGUUCUGGUUCAGGUUCAGACCCGGUCCACUAAAGGCCCUCAUGGACUUCGUUUUUCUGUUUCAGUCCACCAGAGUCCAGGAAGGGGGUCUGGUCUUCGUCAGUGAAAUCACGGACCGGAUCAUGGAUCUGGUCAGCAAAAAGAGCGCCAACAGCUCCAUCAUUGGCGCCAUCGCCGAGGUCCGUGUGCAGAGACGGCAACACCACCAAGUCCACGGUAAACCCCGCCCCCUUUUCCAUAAUCUGAUUGGACAACAGCUUCUACUUUAUGUUGAUCUACCUGCGGAGGUGUCGGCUCCUCUUGUUGGCGGUUUGGCGUUUUUCACCAACUCCGCCCUCUCUCUGUCCUGUAGACCGCCUCGUCCCCCUCCUGGUCUCCAUGGCGGUCUUCGUGUUGGCGUUGGCGCCCGUGUCUCUGUUUCUUUUGUGCAUGAGGAGGCGGAGGAAACAGAGCACCCACACCGGAGUCAGCACGCAGACCACGCCGUCCUCGCCUCCGGCCCCUGCCGCUGAGGACAACAACGCCCUACAGAACAGCAUCGGCGCCGCCCGUGAGCGGCUCAGACACAUAAAGAACCCCAUCGAGAAACCACCGCCAAACUACAACCAGCAGCAGCUCCGCCUCUUUGAGGACAAAAACGCCAUCAACGCAAGGAUCAGGAAGGUAGAUGCCGGGAGCCAAUCAGAUCAAAGGUGGCAGAAGGUGGUUCCAGUGGCGCCGCCGCCAGCAUACUCGCUGGUGGACUGGGAGGAACGCCCCCCUCUCCAUAAACCCGCCCACUGGAAUUACAAACAGGACAACAGGCGGCUACGUCCGCAGAGCGCCAUCAGGACAGAGUGCGGCGUAUGAUCGCCGCACGCCCAAACACUGAACGCCAUGACAGUUUUUUAUCCGUGCUGGAUUUGAGUUUUUCCUGAGCUCCUCCACAAGGAGGCUCCUCCUCUCAACGCUCCUCCUCCUCCUCCUGGACGCUCCUCCUCCUCCUUCUGUGAAUUUGGCGUGUUUCCGUUCAGACGUGUAAAUAGUUUCUUCUUCGUUGAGUUUUAACUUAACGGCCUCGAGUUUUAAGAACUUCCUGUUUCUGCGAUUUAAUCGGACUCGCGGGUUUGCCGAGUUUUUGAAGCCGAUCUUGUUGAAAUCUUUAAUAAAUUAUUAUUUUUUAAUUUUGGAUUUAUUUUUAUUUUGUGUCUCGGCUCAUCGGUGUUUUGACGUUUGACGUCCCUGACGUACGGUGGCCCUGAAGGUCAACUGCAUCAAAAUUUUUUC